CCGGGCGCUGCCGGAAGCUGGCUCGGGCGGCCGACGUGGCGCUGUGAUGGCGGAGCCGGGCCGGCUGCAGCGGCUGGAGCGGCGGGUGCGGGAGCUGGAGGAGGAGCUGGCCCGAGAGAGGGGCGGCCGGCCGGCGCCGCGGGCCCGCAUCGAGAGCAUGAGCCCGGAGGUGACCGACUCCAACCCCUACAGCCGCUUGAUGGCCUUAAAAAGGAUGGGAAUUGUCAAAGACUAUGAGAAGAUCCGAACCUUCACGGUCGCAGUGGUAGGUGUGGGUGGCGUUGGCAGCGUGACUGCUGAGAUGCUGACAAGGUGUGGCAUUGGUAAGCUGCUGCUGUUUGAUUAUGACAAAGUGGAGCUGGCAAACAUGAACAGACUCUUCUUCCAACCUCACCAAGCUGGAUUAAGCAAAGUGCAAGCAGCAGAGCAUACUCUGAGGAAUAUUAAUCCUGAUGUUCAAUUUGAAGUACAUAACUACAACAUUACAACGCUGGACAACUUUGAACACUUCAUGGAUAGAAUCAGUAAGGGAGCCCUGGAGGAGGGGAAGCCUGUGGAUCUCGUGCUCAGCUGUGUGGACAACUUCGAAGCUCGCAUGGCUAUUAACACGGCCUGCAAUGAGCUGGGACAAACGUGGAUGGAGUCUGGAGUGAGCGAGAACGCGGUGUCGGGGCACAUCCAGCUGAUGGUCCCUGGCAGCACGGCCUGCUUCGCGUGUGCUCCUCCACUUGUAGUUGCCGCGAACAUCGACGAGAAGACCUUAAAGCGAGAGGGAGUUUGUGCAGCCAGCCUGCCUACAACCAUGGGGGUCGUGGCAGGCAUUCUGGUACAGAACGUACUCAAAUACCUGUUAGACUUUGGCACAGUCAGUUACUACCUGGGAUACAAUGCCAUGCAGGAUUUCUUUCCAACUAUGUCUAUGAAGCCAAAUCCACAAUGUAGUGACCACAAUUGCAGAAAACAGCAAGAGAAUUACAAGCAAAAAGAAGCUGCUCGACCCAAACAUGAAGUAACUGUCCAAGAAGAAGAAAUAGUCCACGAAGACAAUGACUGGGGCAUCGAAUUGGUAUCAGAAACUUCAGAGGAAGAGCUGAAGGCUGCAUCUGGCCCCGUGCCGGAGCUUCCUGAGGGAAUUACCGUAGCGUACACUAUCCCAGACAAGGAAGAGGAUUUUCUACCUGAGGAAACAGCAGCAGAGGCUGAAGAAAGCCUGGAAGAACUCAUGGCCAAAAUGAGAAACAUGUAGCCAGAGGUGCUGAAGAGUUUGAGUGACAAUGGACUGAGGACCAGACGUCUUUUUUUAAACCUCCACUUCUCUUUAACAGCUCCACCUCAAAAGUAAGGUAGAGGGGCAGGCAGGAGCCAGCCUGGCUUUGUCUGCCCACUGCUUUAGAAGGGGGAGUUGUGCUGCUGUAAAAUUCAGAUUCUCAGCAUGGCAGUGUCCAAACACUCAGCAGGAAAUGAGCCAAGGAGGCACAGCCUGUUAGAGGCAGCAUUGUGUGAGGAGAACAGCUCAGAGGCUGUCCUCAUGUUGCUUUCAGCCUUUCAGUUUGUAUAUAGAGGAAGAAAACACACGGAGCUGACUCUAUGUGCCAGUGGUUACAGUGACUGAAAAAUAAACAGCACUCAAAAGGA